AUGGAUAGAGCAAUAUGUCGUUUAAAUGGUGGUUGCAGUGCAGGAGAAAGUCGAGGAGAAACGUCUGAACCGCGCCCGUCGAGGGGUCUUAUCACUCUUGAAGAAUUGGAGUCUUUAACAGAGGAUCUGGACUCCCACUCCGCGCUCGGUAGGAGUAACAGUCCGGUUGGAGAGAGCGUGGAGACCAUGGAGGUUGAGGAACGAGAUCGACUCCUUCACUUCUGGCAAGAUGUCGGGAGAGGACACCAAGUGGAUGUUCCCCGUGAUAUGGCUGAACCCAUCCAGCUGCUGACCACAGAUAUGGAAAAUAAUCAAGAACGAGAAAAAAUCCCCUCUACCCUCCUCACAAAGAAAGAGAAGUGUGGCGUGCUUCUGUAUGAGAAGCGUAACUUGGAGAAGUUAAACUGGGCGUGCAUCACUGUGAGAGAGGAAACCUAUGAGCAGAGCAUCUGUCUUGGCUUCAUGAAGCUCAUGAGAUACAUCUGCCAGCAGAACAGUUCAGGAAACUACCUUGGCAUGACCAUCCCCAUCAUCACAGUGGUCCAAGUCGAUGACAUACGCUCAACUCUGUUAAGGGAGGUUACAGUGGCCUACUACCUGCCCCAACAGUACCAGGACCACCCUCCACAGCCCCUCGACCCAGAGAUUUCCAUAGAAACCUGGCCUGCAAUGGUGGUGUACAGCAGGCCCUUCAAUGGGAUCACCAAUGAGGCAUCUAUUCUCGGAGAGAUUCGCACUUUGACUGAUGUGCUGGGCUCUCUGAGUAUCAACACUGGAAACUCCUUCAUCAUAGCUGGCUACACCAGCCCUGCUGCUCUUCAUCGGCACAAUGAGAUCUGGUUUCUUGAGCGCCACUGA